CAAGCGCGGUCACGGUCGCCGACCACAGCAGCGGCAGGCAGCGGCAGCAGAGGCGCAGUCGUCCCGCAAAGACUCCACCGGAGCACCGCGCCGCGUUCGCCCGCCCCCGCACCGAGGCUGGAAGCGCUGCUCGGCCCGGAGCUUCCCCUUCAUCCGCAGGGAUUUAACGAGGAUUUAUCGAGCACGAGAAAAAACACCGAAUAAUUAUCCGACUGCAGCUGCGAGCCCUGGCCCAACACAGGUGCCACGAGCCGGGUGAUUUCGUGGAUAGAAAGAGCAGACUGUCAUCCUGCAGAACCGAGCUAUCGGUCCCGUUUCACCGUGUUUCACCGCCUGCUUCCCUCGGAUGGGGGAUCUCUCCGUGUCCUGCUGUGUGUGAUGCAGCAGAGCAGCUUUGUUUUUAGAGAGUCUGCCUCCACCGGCUGCAUGGACUGAACCAGCUGCAGCUGCAAGCGGUGGCAUUUUUUGGUCACUGUUAUUAUUUUUCUUAUUUUUUUUAAUUUUGUGCUUGAUUUUCGUCUUAUUUUUGGUGAAUAUACGUGUUGGCACAGUUUUUGCUCACUUGACAUUUACUGGACUGCCCUGAGGAAGGUUUAGUGAAGAGGAGGAGGAGGAGGAAUUGUCAAAAAGGAAAGGAAAGGGGAAAAAAAAUCCAGGAGGCAUCAGUGGGAAUCUGGCAUCCAUCCACCAUCCAGUGGAUCAGGAACAGGAUUCAGUGGCUGUUAAAACAUCUAAUCAAAUGAUCUGGAUAACAGAAGACCAAUAGGGAUGGAACGUAACAGAGCCAUGGCUGGGGAAGUGUUACGGAUCGCCAUCACUCAGAACCAGCACUGACCUGGCACCAAGACCGAGAUUCGACCUCCUUCUUCAGCACCCUGUGGACCUGACUUUACCCCAACAACUGCUUCGUCCUACAUCUCACCUCCACUCAGCGCUCCUGGUGAUUGUACCUCCAAAAAGGCUCCUUUCAGUCUUUCAGGGCCAGUCUGCUUUUGUUCUUUUAAUCCCUCUCUUCUGCUUUAACACAUUGUUAGUUGUAAUCCACAUUCCCUCAUAGACUCCAAAACAGACUGGAAGCAGGUGGCUGAACAGUAUGAAUCCAGUCAUGUACCCCCUUCCACUUGCUCCAAGCAAACAAAGUCGGCGGGGUUUGUCGUCCAGGUCACGCCCUCUGACUCUUUUGACAGACUGGUGCCUGAUGGGGGCGCUAGGUCUCAUUCUAUUCUUCAGCCUGGCCUCGAGCCAGAAGAUGGACCCUUCCAAGCACCCCAUAGUCACCACCAACUAUGGCAAGCUCCGAGGUGUAAAGAAAGACUUGAACAAUGAGAUUCUAGGCCCGGUGGAGCAGUACUUGGGCGUGCCCUACGCCACGGCACCCAUUGGCGACCGCCGCUUUCAGCCACCCGAGGCCCCGGGAUCCUGGCAGGAGAUCCGCAACGCCACGCAGUUUGCCCCUGUGUGCCCUCAGAACGUCCAGGGGGUGCUGCCAGAGAUAAUGCUGCCCGUGUGGUUCACAGACAACCUGGAUGUGGCAGCGGGAUACAUCCAGAACCAGAGCGAAGACUGCCUCUACCUCAAUGUCUACGUGCCGACGGAGGAUGGUCCGCUCACAAAAAAACACGAUGAAUCUUCAAUGAACAAGCCUCGAGACGAAGAUAUCCGUGACCGCAGGAAGAAGCCUGUCAUGCUGUUCAUUCAUGGAGGCUCCUACAUGGAAGGAACCGGAAACAUGUUCGAUGCCAGCGUCCUCGCCGCUUAUGGCAACGUGAUCGUGGUGACCAUGAACUACCGGCUCGGCGUACUCGGCUUCCUCAGCACUGGUGAUCAGUCUGCAAAGGGAAACUACGGCCUGCUUGACCAGAUCCAGGCGCUGCGCUGGCUCAAUGAGAACAUCGGCCACUUCGGUGGAGACCCAGAGAGGAUAACCAUCUUUGGCUCCGGAGCAGGGGCAUCCUGCGUCAACCUCCUCAUCCUCUCGCACCACUCAGAGGGUCUGUUUCACAGGGCCAUAGCCCAGAGUGGAACAGCCAUCUCCAGCUGGUCUGUCAACUACCAACCCCUAAAGUACACUAAGAUCCUGGCCCGGAAGGUGGGCUGCACCUACACAGAGACGGCUGACCUGGUCGACUGCCUGAGACGCAAGAACUUCAGGGAGCUGGUGGACCAGGACAUCCAGCCAGCCCGCUAUCACAUUGCCUUUGGCCCUGUGGUGGAUGGCGACGUGGUGCCUGACGAUCCUGAGAUCCUUAUGCAGCAGGGGGAGUUCCUCAACUACGACAUCCUAAUAGGAGUGAACCAAGGUGAGGGGCUGAAGUUCGUGGAUGACAGCGAGGACAACGAUGGCAUCUCAGCCGCGGCGUUCGACUACACCAUCUCGAACUUCGUUGAUAACCUCUACGGAUACCCUGAAGGCAAAGACAUCCUGAGGGAGACCAUUAAGUUCAUGUACACCGACUGGGCGGACAGGGACAACGGAGACAUGCGGAGGAAGACCCUCCUCGCUCUGUUUACAGACCACCAGUGGGUGGCACCAGCAGUGGCCACCGCCAAGCUACAUGCUGAGUUUCAGUCCCCGGUUUACUUUUACACAUUCUACCACCACUGCCAGACGGAGACGCGACCUGAAUGGGCUGACGCCGCCCAUGGAGAUGAGAUACCGUACGUGUUCGGUGUGCCCAUGAUCGGUGCCACAGAUCUGUUCCCGUGCAACUUCUCGAAGAAUGACGUCAUGUUGAGUGCCGUGGUCAUGACUUACUGGACCAACUUUGCCAAGACUGGGGAUCCUAACCUGCCAGUCCCGCAGGACACCAAGUUCAUUCACACCAAGCCCAACCGCUUUGAGGAGGUUAUCUGGACCAAGUUCAACUCAAAGGACAAGCAAUAUCUCCACAUAGGCUUAAAACCUCGUGUCAGAGACAACUACAGGGCCAACAAGGUGGCCUUCUGGCUGGAAUUAGUUCCCCACCUCCACAGUCUACAUGAGGUGCUCUUCCCCACCACUACCCGUUCACCGGCAGGCCCUCGCACAGGAAAUACCGGACCCUGGCCCAGGACACCGGGCCCUCGCACCACCCGUCACCCCUACCCUACAUUCCCCUCUGAACUGGAGCCCGAGGGAUCUGAGCGUCCACACCAGGACCUCUUCCCUGGAGACAUGCGGGACUAUUCCACUGAGCUUAGCGUGACAGUCGCCGUGGGUGCAUCACUCCUCUUCCUCAACAUCCUGGCUUUCGCCGCCCUUUACUACAAGCGUGACAAGCGACACGAGAUGCGACGCCACCGGCUGUCUCCCCAACGGGGCGGCCCAGCCAACGACCUCGCUCACAGUCAGGAGGAGGAGAUCAUGUCCCUGCAAAUGAAGCACUCAGAGCAUGACGCGCACCACGACAUGGAGCCUCUCCGGCCCCAUGACAUCCUGCGACCCGCCUGCCCGCCCGACUACACGCUGGCGCUACGCCGCGCCCCGGACGACGUGCCACUGAUGACGCCCAACACCAUCACCAUGAUCCCCAGUACCAUUACCAGCAUGCAGCCUCUUCAUGCCUUCAACACCUUCCCCUCCACUGGCCACAACAACACCCUGCCCCACCCCCACUCCACAACCAGGGUAUAGUAGGGACUGCCCUGACACAGCACCACCCGAGGACCAGGAAGACUGGCUGUGCUACUGAUCCAGGAGGGAGGCCUCUAGACACGGGCCUCUCUGCUCUCUUAUGCUCUUACUCCUCAUGUGCUGUCAAACUUAGCAGCUCCCUCUACUGGCGCCGCGGGGAGAAGCAACUGAACUGCACGGCAGCAGAUGAUCAGUUGGGGGCGGUUUAGAUCUUUUACAGAUACUGUUUUCAAAGAAAGUCUGCUGUUUCCAGACUAAAGCCCUCUGACAUUUGUCAAAGGGACAUGUGCUUUUACUUUUGUGUCAUCUCUCUUUUCUCUCACUGGUGUAUUACGUGCAUAUAUCGUUCUCUUUUCUACAUCUGUGUCUUAUCCCUGCUUUUGUUCCUCUCAUUCAAAAUGCAACUAUCUCUCUCCCCUUUGCUCUUCUGUACUGAGCUUUAGGAGGAGACAUUGAGUGCAUACAGUUGGCAUAAAGCUAUGAAAAGACAGAUAUCUGAUAUUUUGUUCUACCAGCAUUCUUGGUGCCAAGUAUGUACUUCUGUGUUUGCUUUCUCAUCAAGGGAGGGAAAAAAACAAAACUAAAGAAAAUUCUUGACUAUUCCCAUUUACUGUCAACUAACAGAUGCUGUGUGUUCUCAUGACAAAGUGCCAAACUGGCCCUGGAUUGUGUUUUUAUUUCUUUUUUUCAAUCAUUUGUUUAAUCGUUGUUUUUUGUGGAACGAAUUUUUUCUGAAAAUAUAGAUAUAGAGAAAUGAUAUUAUAUAUAGUUAUAUAUAAAUGUGUACAAAGGAGAAAGUAUAUAAAUGGGGUUUUCUCAGUGGGGAUCUAUGCAUGAAUUAUUUUUAAAGAUGAUGGCGGGGGAUAGGACACUGUAUCUGUCAAUGCACGUUUCCCAAAUCUACUCAAAAACCACAUCGGUCCGCUUUGGAUAUCAGUCUGUUUAACCUCACAGAAUGAGAGCAUCACAGGAAAUCUUGAAGUAAGUCAAAAAAAGAAAGAAGAAAAUCCACCUCUUCACCUCCCGGCAAUCAUUUCUUAUUAAAGAAUGAGUCAUUCCUGCAAAUCUCAGAAGAUGUUAGAGUCAAAGCAACAACUGUGAACACAUUCUUCCGUUUGUUCUUUCCUUCAUAAUCUCAUUCAGGGGAAUUUCUCUAAACCGGGUGAUGCAAGGCUCCAACAGCUAUCCCAUCAUGCAACUGUAGCUACUUCCUCUGUCCAUCUGCUUUUUUUUUUUUUUUUACUAAAGUAAGCAGAUCUGUUGUUGAAGCUGGCGUGAUCAACAUUAUUUUUGUAUUUCAGCGAACGUGAGAAACAAAGCGGAGCCCGACAGCCCCUUUGCCCUGAUACGUGCACUCUUCUUCUCCUGUCUGUGCCCCUGAUUGCAGCACAUGCAUAUUCUCCUUUACAUUGGCAUAGGUGCACCCUAAUGAGACAGCAAGGAGAUAGAAAGGCAGGAAGAUCCCCAUGGUAAAAACGUUGACUCCAGAAUGAGCUCCCUCCAGCUGCCUCCACUCUCUCUCCCCCUCUUCCUCCAUCACUUCUUCCCUCCCUCCCUCCCCCUCAUCAGGACUCUAGCUCUGUACAUCAAGACUGACACCCACGCUGCAGUGAUCGCCCGCAACUACCCCACUGUGACCACGAAACUCCUGACUUCACUGUGUCAGCGGCGCACCACACGCCAUUGCCGACCUCAGUUCGGCUCCACGAUUACCCUCACACCCGAGGGUUGGCUCACGAGGGGUGAGUUUUCGUGAGCUCAUGGGUUGUAAAUGAGAACUCCUAAGCACACUGAGGGUAACCGGUGGGCCUUCACAGCCGCUGCAGGAUGAAAACGGGGCUCAGAUCUCCGACACAGGGUAAAAGCAACACACUUGAUAACUGAUGUUUCUGAUUCCUUUCUUUUUGGGGGGGAGGUUAAGGAUCUCAAAUAAAACUGGAAAAUGGGUGAUUAAAACAAUUAGUUGACUGAACUGAUGUGCUGUCAUUUGAGCCCACAGGAAACCAAUGAUAGCUUCCAUCCAGUAUGAGAGAAGUUAGUCACCAGUGUUGUCUUGUGUUUGUUUGUUUUCUAUGAUAUUACUGCCUACCAGGGUGGUGUGGGAGAGAUAUAUACAGUGCCCGGCUGCUUCUGUCAAGAGAUUUUGUAAAAGGGAAAAAUGUGCACAAUGUUAAACACAAGACAACUGCCUCAGGUGUGUCGCAGGCAGUGCUCUGGAAUAGAGGACAGGACAGCGGCGCAAAGGAAAGUGCGCGCUGUGGGGACGAGACAUCGGGAGGAGAUUGGAUACAGACUCACAGCCUUAAAUGUAUCAGUUAAUAUCGGAAGAAUGAAAGGAGAGGAUGAAGCAAGUGAGGAAAUUCAAGGGCAUGGUCAUCUUUCUACCCACAAAGUUUGCCACAUCGCUACUCAGUCUGAUGGAGGAUCUCAUGGAUCAGAUCCACGUGAACCCUUUUGUAAUAGCUCCGGGGCGUUGUGAUGAAAACUUUGCCACAGCACGGCUACAACGACACGGCUGGAGGUGAAAACCAGGUGUUCAGUUUGGUCUGUUUUAAUUCCUUUGUCUAUUUUGUAAAGCAACACUUGAGGGCGCUAUUUUGGCAGAUUCACCACAGGUCUGCCCAACAGGAAACAGGAAGAAAAAAGAAACCAAACUGGGUGGCAGGACAGAGACACACAACAUCUGGUGGAGGAUCCAAACUGUACAUUUUUAAGUGUAAGAAUCAAACAGACAAAAUAUUUGUAAAUAUUAAGUUUCUUGUUUGUUUUUCUUUUGUUUUUCUUUAUGAGUGAAUGAAUGAACUGCUUAUUUUGUGACGACAAAAGACAACAGGUGCAGUUUGCAAAAAAAAAAAGGCGUCAAGCUCGAGGCUUCAGAUUAGUUGGUGAGUAGAAGAUGCUUGCCACCAAUCACUUUUCAUUUAAUUCUAAUUCUUUCUUCAUUGCCCACUACGACAUGGGCAUUCUGUAGCACCGUCAGACACUGUAGCAGAUCACCCCCACUCCCUUGCAGAGAGCACAUGACAGAGGGCCUGAUGCUAUAGUUAGCAUUAGCUUUUUUCCAUUUAAUAUUACUAUUUUAAAUUUGAAACAUGCUACUAAAAUCUGUGGUUUGCGAUCAGCGAAGCGUCGUCUUGUUCUUUUCCCCUCAUAAUUUUGCAUCAUUUUAUUUUUCAACGAUCCACCCCUGAUGAAUCUGUGCUGCGUGAUUGGUGUGGCAUCCAGAGGCUGAAAUACUGAGGAAAGCCAGCUUUGCCUUUUGCCAGCUCACUGAUUGCCAGUGUCACAGUCAGGACUUUUAAAAAGUGGUCAGUUAAAUGUCAACUCACUUCACAUGUAGCAAUGUUUACAUGUUGCCACUUAACCACUCGUGGGACAGACAUGAGGGCUUUGAUACCAUUAGAUGCCUCAUAUCCUCAUAGAGCGACGCCAUCACACAUGCCGCCCAGCGUCUCUCUUCCACACACUCUGUUUGCGAUGUGUUUAUGGAGGUUGUGUUGAUCUUACACUGAUGCGAUGUAGCAGAAAACAGUAUUGUGUUCCAAAAAGUUGAGGGAAGGACAAAUUAGGCCAACAAUGAUGCUUCAUAGUGGGUCUGGCCGUAUGUAUGUGGACACACACUGGGCCUAUGUAGCUCACUGCGGCCCUGAGGCUCGCACCGCUCCAGAGCUGCGGUCGUCCAACUGAAACCGUUUCAGUGAAAUGCGGAGACUUAACGCAUGUUAGUGACUUCUAGAUCCUGUGUCAUGUCAGUGAUGCGUGAAAGCACGUGGUAAACAACCCACAAUUACAAACACACACACAUAAAUCCUCAGCUUGCGAAGUUGCACCUGUUGUCUUGUUUUUAAAUUCUUUGUUGAAUUCAGAUACCCAAGACGAGACGAAGAAAAUGUUAAAUAAUGGAGUUUAAGAAAAAAAAGAUGAUUAUUAAAAAAGUACAGUAAAACUAUAUAAAUAAAUGAGGUGAUGAUAUUUCUGUUUACUUUAGAAGUUAUUAUACACUGUAUGCUGUGAUUCUGAUCUGGGAAACAUUAAAGACAUUC